AUGAGAGGCUCGCGAUCCACCUUAUCCCUUCCUCCUUUCUCUCGCCGACGGCGCACAAUCUCCUUCCUCCUGCUGCAGCUCCUCGUGGCGGCCAAGCAGGCUGCUGCGCUAGCGGCGACGGCGCUGGCGCUGGGUAUGUCGAGCGUCACCGACUUGGACUGUAGCCUCCCGUCGUCCCCAAUGGACCCCUUCUUCGACCCCAUCACCUCCUGCGACCGGCGCCGCGGCGUCGGCAGCAAGCUCAGCGGUGCCAGCUCGCCCCCACCGGCCAAGCAGCAGCUGCAGCAGCAGUGCGGCGCCGACGCGAUUCUUGACAUGCUCGGCGCGAAGACGCCACUGCCGCCGAGGGACUGGCUGCUGCACUCCGUGCACAUGCUUCCACCGCUGCUGCUGUAGUCUGUGUUGUAGUACAUGUAUGCUGAGAAUUAUGGAGCAGAGAUGAUGUCUUCUUCAUGCCUUGGUAGCCGAUACAAGGUCUCAACCACAUUUUGGCUGCUUAACCGAAGUGCAGGGAUGAAUUUGGUGGCUUACAUCGGCAGCCCACGGCUCUACUCUACUAGUUUCGGUUCAAUAACUUCAGUUCUGUCAGAACUUGCCAAGCCAUUUUUACAUGUAUUUUCUUCCCAAAGAAUAUCACAGAAUUGAAUGAAUGAUCUCCUUCAUGGUGUACCUCAAUCUAUAAUUUUUUUAUA